AUGGCCAGCUUGAGGAACCCCAUUCCGGGCAAGGGGAGCUCCGGGCUCGGCCUCGCCGGCUCUGCAGACUCAAGGGGGAGUUUAUGGGGCAUCGGCCGGCAGACGGCGGAGGCUCGAGCGAGCUUCUCGCGACCGACCUUUCUGCAGCUGAGCCCGGGGGGUCUGCGACGCGCCGACGACCACGCCGGCCGGGCAGUGCAGAGCCCCCCGGACACCGGCCGUCGCCUGCCCUGGAGCACGGGCUACGCCGAGGUCAUCAAUGCUGGCAAGAGCCGGCACAAUGAGGACCAGGCCUGCUGUGAAGUGGUGUAUGUGGAAGGUCGGAAGAGUGUUUCAGGGGCACCUGGGGAGACUGGCCAAGGUCAGGGCCUCUGCUUCUACUACUGGGGCCUGUUUGAUGGACAUGCAGGUGGCGGAGCUGCUGAAAUGGCCUCCAGGCUGCUGCAUCGCCAUAUCCGGGAGCAGCUAAAGGACCUGGUAGAGAUACUCCAGGACCCCUCCCCACCUCCUCUCUGCCUCCCCUGCACUCCAGGGGCUCCAGGCGCAUCUGAUCACUCUCACUUGGUUGCUCCUCACUCCUGCUGGUCUUCACAAAAGGAAGUGACCCACGAGAGUCUGGUAGUUGGGGCGCUUGAGAAUGCCUUCCAGCUCAUGGACGAGCAGAUGGCCCAGGAGCGGCACGGCCACCGUGUGGAGGGGGGCUGCUGUGCCUUGGUUGUGGUCUACCUGCUAGGAAAGGUGUAUGUGGCCAAUGCAGGUGACAGCAGAGCCAUCAUUGUCCGGAAUGGUGAAAUCAUUCCAAUGUCCCGGGAGUUCACCCCGGAGACUGAACGCCAGCGUCUUCAGCUGCUUGGCUUCCUGAAACCAGAGCUGCUGGGUGGUGAGUUCACCCACCUUGAGUUUCCCCGCAGAGUGCAGCCCAAGGAGCUGGGGCAGAGGAUGCUGUACCGGGACCAGAACAUGACCGGCUGGGCCUACAAAAAGAUCGAGCUGGAGGAUCUCAGGUUUCCUCUGGUCUGUGGGGAGGGCAAAAAGGCUCGAGUGAUGGCCACCAUUGGCGUGACUCGCGGCCUGGGAGACCACAAGCUCAAGGUCUGCAGUUCCAGCCUGCCCAUCAAGCCCUUCCUCUCCUGCUUCCCGGAGGUGCAGGUGUAUGACCUGACACAGUAUGAGCACUGCCCAGAUGACGUGCUGGUCCUGGGGACCGACGGCCUGUGGGAUGUCACCAGUGACUGUGAGGUAGCCGCCACCGUGGACAGGGUGCUCUCAGCCUACGAGCCCAAUGACCCCGGCAGGUACACGGCUCUGGCCCAAGCUCUGGUCCUGGGUGCCCGGGGCACCCCCCGGGACCGUGGUUGGCGUCUCCCCAACAACAAGCUGGGUUCCGGGGAUGACAUCUCGGUCUUCAUCAUCCCCCUGGGAGGGCCAGGCAGUUACUCCUGAGAGGGCCCAUCCCCGACCCUCCCGCCAUCCCCAUCUCUCCAUGCCCCGCUCCAGCCCACACUCUGAAGAUGUCUCCCUGACCUCCUUUAGCACCAAGCUGACUGAAGAAGGGUGUCAGAUCCCAGACUUAUAGCUACUUGCCAAUAAACCAGAUCGAUAAAGGUG